AUGAGCGGCCAAAUAGAGCUCGCCAAUGCGCCAUCCGACGCCAUCUCGGCCGUCCGCUUUGCUCCUCAAUCACCAAAUCGCCUGCUGGUCGCCUCGUGGGAUCGCAAUGUCUACCUCUACGACACCAAACAAGGCGAGAACGGCUCCUUAUUGCGCAAAGUAGAGCACCGUGCUCCCGUAUUGGAUCUUUGCUUCGGCGACGAUGAUGCCACUGCCUUUACCGCUGGCCUCGACUGGGACGUCAACAGAAUAAACCUCGAAACUGGAGAGAAGACCGUCAUUUCAUCACACGAAGCUGGUGUUAAAUCCAUCGUCUACUCGGCCCAACAUCACCUGCUCGUCUCGGCAUCCUGGGACAGCACCCUCCAUGUCCACAUACUCAAUAACGGUAAUGUCGCCCACGCUCCUGCUACCGUUCCGCUGCCAUCGAAGCCCUUCUCCAUCUCCUUGACUCCUACAAAACUUGUUGUCGCCAUGGCAUCGCGUCAGAUCUUCAUCUACGACCUGGCUUCCUUGAAAAUGCUCACUUCACAAUCCGCACCCUCUCAAGAAUCCGGAAACUCAAGCAUCCUCGAGAUCCAGCCAUGGCAACAGCGCGAGAGCAGUCUGAAGUUCAUGACGCGCGCUGUUUGCUGCAUGCCCAACGAUCAAGGCUAUGCGCUUUCCUCCAUCGAGGGUCGCGUUGGUGUCGAGUGGUUUGAUCCCUCGACCGAGUCACAGGCCCGCAAGUACGCCUUCAAAUGCCAUAGACAAGCCGACGAGGGUGUUGAUGUUGUAUAUCCCGUCAACGCUCUGGCUUUCCACCCGGUACACCAAGGCACUUUUGUCAGUGGAGGCGGUGAUGGCUUUGUCGUGCUGUGGGAUGGCGUGACCAAGCGCAGAAUCAGACAGUACCAGGCCUACCCUUCCAGUGUGUCGAGUGUCUCUUGGAGCUCCGACGGCAGGUAUUUGGCUGUCGGUAUCAGCCCUGGUUUCGAAGACGGCAAGGAGGUCAUCUCGGAAGGCCAGGUCAAGCUGUACAUCAGAGAGCUUGCUGACGGAGAAGCAAAGGGCAAGAGUGCCAAAUAG